GUGCGCUUCUUGUUUGUCUGAGUGACGUCACGGGGAUGGGCAGGUCACGUGGUGUCCUCCUGUUGGUUUAACGUUACUGAGAUGAGAGAGAAGAAGAAGAAGAGGAAGAGGAGGGAAACUAACAGGUGAUUCCUCGGCACACUGCGCGUUCAUACCAGGUUUGCAUUCUGACCUGCAAGCCAAUGUAAGUCGAGUUGAGUGACUGCGUGUGAAAGAGGGACCAUCACCAUCCUCAUGUCCUAUGGAGGAGGCUUCUACGGACGCACUGAGCGCGUCCACCAGGCGCCGCACUACGACCAGGUACCGCAUGGCUCUUUACCCCGGGUAGACUCCGACGACCUGCCGCCGCUGAGGGAGCAGAGGGCGGCUCGCAACGCUCAGAGCGCCGACCCCCUCCCUCCUCCGCCUCUGCCGGACCAGCCGCCCGUGGGCCCCGAGUUCGAUCCCAGCGGCAGCGAGGACAAUGUAGACCCAGACCUCGACCCCGCCCUCGAUAUUAAACCGGUCCACCGCUUCAUCCCCGACUCAUGGAAGAACUUCUUCAGAGGGAGUAACCGCAGCAGCAACAAGCCGUGGUCCAUGUCGGGCUCCUCGGCCAACAACAACAACAGCACCAGCGAGGGCGUGCGCUGCUCGCCUCCACAGUCGCCCUCUGUUCCGGGAUCGUACCGGGAUCCUUAUGGAGGCUCAGGCAGCAGCUGCAACUCACGCAAGGAGCUUCUGGAACUACACGACGCCCACGAGUCAGUGUCAGGACGCACCUACCAAACGGGUCUGACCUACAGCGAGCGAGUGGAGGAGUACCAUCUGCGCUACGCCUUCAUGAAGUCCUGGGCGGGGCUGCUGAGGAUUCUGGGCUGCGUGGAGCUCCUGCUGGGAGCGGCCGUGUUCGCCUGCGUCUGCGCCUACAUCCACAAAGACAACGAGUGGUUCAACAUGUUCGGAUACUCGUCCCCGGGCGGAGCUUACGGUGGAGGAGGGAUGUACGGCGGCGUCACAGGCGGGGCCUACUACACGGGUCCAAAGACCCCGUUUGUGUUGGUGGUGGCAGGGCUGGCCUGGCUGGUCACUGUGAUCAUGCUGGUGCUCGGGAUGACCAUGUACUACCGCACCAUCCUGCUGGACUCCUCCUGGUGGCCUCUGACGGAGUUCACCUUAAACCUGUCACUGGCUGUGCUGUACAUGGCAGCGGGCAUCGUUUAUGUCCGGGACACGACCCGCGGAGGACUCUGCUCCUACCCGGUCUUCAACAACGGCAUCAACGGGGCGUUCUGCAGAACGGAGGCGGGCCAGACCGCAGCCAUCAUCUUCCUGUUUGUCACCAUGGUCGUUUAUCUGAUCGGUUCCAUGGUUUGUCUGAAGCUGUGGAGACACGAAGCUGCUCGCAGAUACAGGGAGAAGUACGGCCAGGCGAUGCAUCCGACGUCCGACAUGCGAGCUGAGCGCUCUUUGAUGGUUCCAGUUUCGGUUCCAGUUUCGGUUCCUGACGACAAAGAUCCAGAACAGGUCCACGGCUCGUCAGUCGUUCCCAUCCGAGCCGCUCCGAGAGCGAUCCCACCGAAGGUUUUACAGGGAACGAUACCAUCGGGACACAUCCCCAAACCCGUUAUUCUGCCCGACUACAUCGCUAAAUACACAACGAUCCACUCAGACGAGGAGCGGGACCAGUACCGAGCCGUGUUUAACGACCAGUACGCCGAGUACAAAGAGCUCCACGCGGAGGUGCAGCUGACCCUCAAGAAGUUUGACGAGAUGGACGCCAUGAUGCGCAGCCUGCCCCAGAACCCCACCAGCCAGAUGGAGGUCGAUCGCAUCAACAGAAUCCUUCAGGAAUACCAGAGGAAGAGAAAUGAUCCAACUUUCCUGGAGAAGAAGGAGCGCUGCGAGUACCUGAAGAGCAAACUGUCGCACAUCAAACAGAAGAUCCAAGAAUACGACAAAGUGAUGGAGUGGAACGACGGAUACAGCUAAACCCUGAAAACACUACUGACCACUAACACAGAGCUGACACCGACAGCUGAGCACUGCUGCUGGUGAAACUGACAUUUGUAUCAGAGACCACAGGAGCACGACAGGGAUUUCCAGCUUUGCUGUGUCGUUUGAAAUCCGUCGAGCAAAGAUUUGUGUGUGCGUUUAUUUUUAUUUUUUUAAAGUCCACGCGUAGAAGGGAAGAGGAACAAAGUUUUUAUUCUUCAGAGAAUUAUUCAUCAUUUGAGGAAAUACACGUGUUUGCUUUCUGGUGGAGAGUUACACAGUCAUGUCACCUGAAAAUCAGAGUUUUUAUGUUUUUGUUACCUUAGAAUGAGACUUUUAUAUCUACAGAUGAAACAGGUCGUCUUCAUGUUUCUACAGUAGCCCAGAAGGGACAAACUAAACACUAAUGGGGCUAGAUACAGUGAGACCUUUUGGUGCUAGAUGCCACUACAUCUAGUAGAAAUACAUCUGUAGAAAUACUUUGUCACUGAAGCAGAAGUACAAAAAUAU